AUGUUGUUUCCACUGCUCGCAAUUCUUGCUGGUAGCCAGGUUGUCAGCAGCUCCGUGCUGAACUCACGCCAAGGCUCCGCGAAGGCAUUUUGUUCUUCUUCUGACAGGAGAUACAAUGUCAGUUCAUGGGAUGCACCAGUCUCCGGACCCGGCACACCGGGAAGCUCAUCUACCUGGAAGCUCACCAUUGACGAUACGACGGCUGGCCACAAGCAAAAGGUAACUGGCUUCGGUGCUUCUGUCACAGAUGCCACAGUUACCGUCAUUAAUGCACUGCCGGAUGCCCUACGUACACAGCUUCUGAACGAGCUGAUGACGGCAGACGGUGCCGAUUUCAGCUUCCUGCGCCAUACGAUUGCAUCCUCGGAUCUAUCCGCAAAGCCCGCAUACUCCUACGACGAUGCGGGCGGCAACGCAGAUCCAAGUCUGGGUAGCUUCUCCCUUGGAGACAGGGGCAAUGCGAUGGCCGAGAUGCUGUCUCAGAUGCAGGCUUUGAAGCCAUCAUUGACCUUGCUGGGCUCUGUCUGGGCUCCUCCCGCAUGGAUGCAGCUGGACCGUGCCCUGACAGGGACAACAGUUAACAACAACCUAGACCAUGCCUAUGUAGACCAGUAUGCACAGUACUUCGUCAAGUACAUUCAAGCAUACGCUGCCAAGGGCGCUCAGGUUGAUGCCAUCACGAUCCAAAACGAGCCAUUGAACAGCCAGUCAGGCUACCCGACGAUGUACAUCUCUGCAGACGAAUCUGCUGCUCUUAUUAGAGAUAAUGUUGGCCCCGCACUGAAGGCAGCGGGUUUAAAUACCAAGGUCUGGGCAUAUGACCACAACACAGAUGUGCCGAGCUAUCCCCAAACGGUUAUUGAUACAGCAUCCGCGUAUGUUGACAGUGUCGCGUGGCACUGCUACGCCAGUAGCAACAACUGGAAAGUUUUGACUGACUUCCACAAUUCCAAUCCUAACUCCAUCCAGUACAUGACUGAGUGUUGGACCUCAUCCCAAUACACGAGUUGGAACGCGGCCUCUGGCUUCACAAUGGGCCCCUUGCAGAACUGGGCUCAAGGUGCCUUGGCUUGGACACUUGGCACAGACACUGAGGAUGGCCCAUUUCUCGGUGGAUGCGAUACCUGCCGUGGGCUGGUAGUUGUUGACACGAAUCAAAAGACCUACGAGUUCCAGGUUGACUAUUACAUGAUGGCCCAAUACUCCAAGUUUAUCCCGAACGGCGCCAUAAUUCUGGAUGGCUCCGGUAGCUACACAUACGAUAGCGGUGCUGGUAUCCAGUCUGUUGCUUCGCUCAACCCUGAUGGAACAAGAACUGUGGUUAUUGAGAACACCUUUGAUAAUGAUGUCUACGUUACCUUGGACACCAAAAGUGGACAGCAGUGGAGCGGUAACAUCCACGCCAAGAGCGUCGUAACUUGGGUACUGUCCUGA